GGUGGACUCGUCGCACGAUCGUACCCGGGUGGUCAGUGUUUUCGAAGCCAUCGCUAAGAAAUGAUGAAACCACAGACACUGUUUCUGGUGCUCCUGCUAACGGCACUUCAGCUGUCGGCCCAGGACACGACAUUCGGUCUCUUCCGGCAGAAGGAGUACUACUUCAGCAGCUCUUUCAAGCUCAACUGGUACAAGGCGGUCGAGUACUGCCGAUCGCGCGGCAUGUUCCUGCUGUCGGUGCGAAAUGCCGAGGAGCGGGAAGCCGUCAUCGAGUAUCUGGACAGUACCGGGUACACGAAAACGCACAAAGGCCUGAUGGCCUGGAUAUCGGCGAACGAUCUCGGCGAGGAGGGCGAAUUCCACUGGGCCUCGACGGGGGAGCGCGUAAACUAUCAGAACUGGAGCGAGACGGAACCGAACGAUUACAAGAUCGACGACUGCAACGGAGAGGACUGUGCGAUCCUGGAGUACUGGUCGGAGGGUGGGGCCAACUAUAACUACACCUUCAACGAUCGGUUCUGUGGGCGGGAGUAUCUGUUUAUCUGCGAAACGUUGCCUGCAUGAUGUAUGUACUUGACCUGAUGUUUUUAUGUGAAGAAUUUUGAGUAAACCACAACCAGUUAGGAGCGUGCUCGCUUUGCUAGCCCCUACUUCAGCGA